UCUAUCUUCUGUCUCAAAUUGAUGACGUAAGGACAGAUAAGCGGUUUCUCUUGUUACUUGGGAAACCAGGAAAGUUACCAUGUCCCAGCAAGGGGCCGCGCUACAGAGUUACAACAAUGAGCUGGUGAAAUGUAUCGAGGAUUUGUGUACAAAACGAGAAGAGCUGAACCAACAAAUCCUACAAGAAGAGGAAGAGAAGAACAAGUUGCAGAACGAUAUUCGCAUUUUGACAGAGAAACUUGCCAAAGUCAAUGAAAGUCUGGCACGCAAAAUGGCAACCCGAAAUGAAUUUGAUAGAACUAUUGCAGAGACUGAAGCUGCUUAUAUGAAGAUCCUUGAAAGUUCACAGACACUGCUGACUGUUCUGAAACGAGAAGCAGGGACCCUGAAUCAAGUCCAUGAAAGUAGCGACACCAAGGACUCCUGACCUUUUUUAAAAUCACUUGGCUUCAGAGGAGCAGUUAGCACGAAGAGAUGGAAUCUGAGAUAGUUAUUUACUAUGUAACAGUGAGAAACAAAUUCUGGAUCACUUAUAAACAAUUUCAAAUUCUAGUAACAUUGAUCACCAAACUUGAAUUUAUUUUAUUUUGUAAUAAAAUUUUAUAAGUAUGA